UAAAUAAUUGUGGUUGAAUAACAUAUUCACUGAACAACAUGGGAUCUUCAAGAUGUUUCAUUGUCAGUGUGACACUGUUAGUCCUCCUCAUCAUGACUGCAGAUUUGUGUUUCAAGAACGCAGAAGCGCAAGAACCCAUUGAUCCAUUACCACCCCGAGCACCAUCACCACAACCACCACACCGACCAAUACGCCGAGCACCACCCCCACCACCGCACCAAACACCACACACCCACUCACGUCACCAUUCACGCCAUUCACACCAACCACCACCAUCUUUAUCAACUUCUUAAUCAUGUAUUAUUAGUUCUUAAUAAAGAAUGGUUAUUUUGUUUCA